CGGGCGCGCCGAGCGCGGGGAGCGGCGGCAGGUUCCGUGCCUGGCGAGAGCAGAUGGCGGCCGCGCUCCUCCUCUACCUGCCCCUCCUGCCGGCGCUCGCCGGCGCCUUCAACCUGGACACGGACAACGUGGUCAGUUGGAGCGGGGAGCCGGGCAGCCUCUUCGGCUUCUCCCUGGCCAUGCACCGGCAGCUGGAGCCGCAGGAGAGACGGCUAUUGCUGGUUGGAGCUCCUCGGGAAAAGGCCUUUCCAGCCCAACAAGCCAACAGAACAGGAGGACUGUACAGCUGUGACAUUGCAUUUCCAAAUAAAAAUUGCAUACGUAUCAAAUUUGAUGAGGAGACUGACCCGAAGAUGGAGAGUAAAGAGGACCAAUGGAUGGGUGUAACUGUCCAAAGUCAGGGGCCAGGAGGAAAUGUGGUGACCUGUGCACAUCGUUAUGAGAAAAGGCAGUAUGUAAACACAGUGCAGGAAACCCGGGAUAUCAUUGGAAGGUGCUAUGUGCUGAGCCAGGACCUCACUAUUAAGGAUGAUAUGGAUAAUGGAGUUUGGAGUUUUUGUGAUGGUCGUUUAAGAGGCCAUGAGAAGUUUGGUUCCUGUCAGCAAGGUGUUGCUGCUACUUUUACUAGAGACUAUCAUUAUAUUGUGUUUGGUGCCCCAGGCACUUACAAUUGGAAAGGGGUGGUUCGUGCAGAGCAAAAGAAUCAGACAUUUUAUGAUCUGGGUAUCUUUGAUGAUGGGCCUUAUGAAGUUGGUGAUGAGAGCCGCCAAGAUAAGAAUCUAGUUCCUGUUCCAGCUAACAGUUACUUAGGUUUCUCUUUGGACUCUGGUAAAGGAAUUGUCUCCCAAGAUGAGAUGACUUUUGUGUCUGGUGCCCCAAGAGCCAACCACAGCGGAGCAGUUGUUUUACUGAAAAAAGAGAAAAAUCAGAGAGCACUUUCACUGGAGCACAUGUUUGAAGGAGAAGGGCUGGCCUCUUCUUUUGGCUAUGAUGUUGCUGUUGUGGACCUCAACAGUGAUGGAUGGCAAGACAUUGUUGUGGGAGCCCCACAGUACUUCGACAGAAGCGGAGAUAUCGGUGGUGCUGUGUAUGUCUACAUCAACCGCCAAGGCAAGUGGGAAGGAGUGAAACCUGUUCGCUUGAAUGGAACCGCCGACUCCAUGUUUGGGCUUGCAGUUGAAAACGUUGGGGAUGUUAAUCAGGAUGGGUAUCCAGAUAUCGCAGUCGGGGCUCCGUAUGAUGGUUUUGGCAAAGUAUACAUUUAUCAUGGAUCCAAGAAUGGAAUAAAUACAAAACCAGCACAGAUUCUUGAUGGUGAAAAAACAAACACCAAUUUCUUUGGUUACUCUCUUGCUGGAAACAUGGACCUGGAUAAAAAUUCCUACCCUGAUAUUGCUGUUGGUUCCCUUUCAGAUUCUGUAAAUGUGUACAGAUCUCGGCCUGUGAUUAGCAUUAGAAGAAACAUUACAGUACAGCCUGACAGAAUUGAUCUAAAGAAAAAGAAUCCUGAGGACCAUAGUGAGAUAUGGAUGGAUGUGAAAGCAUGUUUCAAAUAUACUGCAAACCCCAGAGAUUUAAAUCCAAGAAUAAAGAUCAACUAUACGUUUGAAGUGGAAAACGAGAGGCGGCAGCUGGGCCUGCCGUCCAGGGUACGGUUCAGUGACCACUCGUCUGAUCAGUUUACUGCAAGUACAACCCUGAGGGGACAGAACUCAUGGGAGUGCGUGACUACAAAGCUUGUACUACAGGAAAAAAUUAAAGAUAAGCUACGUCCCAUUCCAGUAUCAGUCAGUGUUAAAAUUGCUGGCCUGGAGUCUAGCUCACCGUCCACAAGAAAAGAGAGUACACUUCCAGAUCUUAUACCAAUUCUAAAUUCAAAUGAAUCUGAAACAAAGACCACAAAAGUGGAGUUCUUAAAAGAAGGAUGUGGAGAAGACAAUGAAUGUCACAGCAAUCUGAAACUUCAGUACCGGUUUUGCACUAGAGAAGGAAAUGAAGACAGGUUCACUUCUCUACCGCUGGAAAACAAUGUGCCAGUGCUUGUUCUGAAAGAUCAGAAAGAUAUUGCCCUGGAAAUAACAGUGACAAACAAUCCAUCUAAUCCAAAAAAUCCACAAGAAGAUGGUGAAGAUGCAUAUGAAGCUAAACUAAUUGCAACUUUUCCAGACAGUCUGACGUACUCUGCAUUCAGGGAGAUGAGGGGUUAUCCUGAAAAACAGCUAACGUGUGGUGCUAACCAAAAUGGUUCUCAAGCAGAGUGUGAACUUGGAAAUCCUUUUAAGAGAAAUUCCAAUGUAACCUUUUAUCUGAUCUUAAGUACCACUAAAGUUAAUGUUGAUACAACAGAUUUGGACAUUAACCUGAAGCUGGAAACAACAAGCACUCAAGUUAAUUUGACUCCAAUUACAGCCAGUGCUAAAGUGGUUAUUGAAUUGCUUUUAUCGCUCACUGGAAUUGCUAAGCCUUCUCAGGUGUAUUUUGGAGGUAACAUCGUUGGUGAGAGUGCUAUGAAAUCUGAAGAUAAUAUUGGAAGCCUCAUAGAGUAUGAAUUCAGAGUAACUAACUUGGGCAGACCACUGAAAACAUUUGGCACUGCUUCCCUGGACAUCCAGUGGCCUAAGGAAAUUAAUAAUGGCAAAUGGCUGCUUUAUUUGGUGAAAAUAGACUCCAAAGGCUUGGAAAAAGUCUCCUGUCAACCUGAGAAUGAAAUCAACAUUCUGCAUGUUGUGGAAUCCCAUAACUCAAGAAGGAAGCGUGAGGUUGCAGAGAAGCAGAUCACGGACAGCCAAGCGUUUCCUUUAUUUGCAGAAAGAAAACACAAAAUCUUGGACUGCAAUGUAAAUGCACGGUGUGUGGACAUAAAAUGUCCCCUGAAGGGUUUAGACAGCAAGGCAUCUAUUGUGCUGCGUUCCAGACUGUGGAACAGCACUUUCUUAGAGGACUUCUCCAAAAUGAAUUACCUGGACGUUCUUGUUAGGGCUUCUAUCAGUGUUCCUGCUGCAGCUAAGAAUGUUAAACUCACAAAUGAAGUUGCUCAGGUGCGUGUUACUGUCUUUCCUGCAAAACCAGUAGCCCUUUAUACGGGAGUACCUUGGUGGAUCAUUGCGGUGGCAAUUCUUGCUGGAAUACUGAUGCUUGCACUGUUGGUAUUCCUGCUGUGGAAGUGUGGUUUCUUCAAGAGAAAUAAGAAAGAUCAUUACGAUGCCACAUAUCACAAGGCUGAGAUCCAUGCUCAGCCAUCUGAUAAAGAGAGGCUUACUUCUGAUGCAUAGUAUUGAUCUACUUCUGUAAUUGUGUGGGUUCUUCCAGCGUUCCAGGUACGAAGACAGUGUCCCCAGCUAUCACGCUGUAAGAAUUCGAAAAGAAGAGCGACAGAUCAAAGAUGAGACAAAACAGUGGUUCACAAAAUGGAAUGAAAAUGAAAGUUAUUCUUAGAGAAAAAUGUUUUCCAUCCAGAAAGUUCAGAUAGAGGUUAAGCUUUUCAUUAAUGGAAUACUGAUGGAGUUAGACCUAUGAACACUAUGGACAUUCACCAUUUGAUUGUAGAUAUUACUAAUACUGAGGCUUUUAUUUGCACAGUUAAAAUUGCUUCAACAGACUUUAUUUGCAUUAUUUAAUUUUCAGACUGCCUCUUUCCCCUCUCAAAUCUAACCCACACUUCAGAAAAUACUAUGUUGAUUUGGGGUCUUUUCUGCAAAAUAUGCAAAACCACUAUAGCAGACCUUUUCCUGUGAUCCUGACCUUCUUCCUGGGUAUGUAAGGAAUGGACAAUUAACGUCAAGACAGGUUCUCCAUUGUUCCCUCAAUGCAUAGUGCUUUACAAACACACAGUGGCCUUAACACACUUUGUUCAAGUAUAACUGAAGACCUGCAAGUUUGCUUUAGUCAUAACCUUUACCUGCAGCAGUAGUUAGGGCUUAACAAGAAGCAUCAUCUUAAAUUACAUGUGCAAUGGGUCAUGUUGCUUGAUUUUUUAAAUUUUUUUUUUAAGAUCAGAUUGUGUGAUUCUUGCUCACAACAAAUAUACACAGGUUUUUUUUAAAAAGAGAGGCUUGAAUAUUAGAUGUACUUUUUGUAUAUAUAUAUUUUAGUCAUUUUUGUAUUUAUUUUUGUUAUAAAUCAUUGUCUUUGACUAAAUGUUAGGUCAAAGACUUAAAUGAAUUUUCAAAUCCACUGUGUUUUUGAACUUAAGAUUAUGAGACCUGAGGCUUUCACUGCAUUUUAAUAAGUAACUGAAGGUGCCAAUACUUUCUAAAAAUGUAAAUAUUUAUGCUAAUAAUGUGUAUGGGGCCUUUCUUUUCCUGAUACUUUUAAGUUUAUGUGUUGUAACAUCAGGUCUUGUAACAUGAUUUGUAUAUUAUUGCAGACUAUUUAAGGAUUUGGACACCAAGCAGAAGUAGGGGUUUAGAUAGAGUUUUAUACUUGCUGUAAGAAAGUGAGUUCUCUCAAAACAGCUUUCCAGCUUCAUAAGGACUUCCUCUUUGGCAAAAGGCAUUGACUACUGCAACUGUUAUACAGCACUUGAAGGAGUCUGUAGAUGCCUCAUUUACCUUCACUGUGUGGAUCUGGAGCUGAUCCACAUUGAGACUACUGAUUCAUCUGGAAUACCUGAAUGUUGAUAAAGUAGAACCAUGAUGUCGUUUAUCAGUAAUCUAGUUACUGUACCAUAAGUGAUAAAAUUAUUUAAAGAGUUUACUUUUUUACCCAUGUUAUAAAGUGUUGGUACUAUUUAAGAACAAAGAUUUAGUUCACAACUGUUUAUUCCAUGUGAAACAAAAUUCUACUCAAAAAGUAUGCAUUUAAUUGCUCAUAAUUUGAACUAUGCAAAAACCUCUUGGUACUUUUUCCCCUCAUAGGGUAAAAACCUGCUAGGAGGGCAGUUGUCAAGUGUCUUAUUUUUACUACUAACUUUGAACAUUAGUACGAAGGUGUGGUCACCUAAAAAGUUACAAUUAAUUUACUACACUCACCUUUCUUAACACUAAAUAAUCUCAAUAUGUUAUGACUGAUUUUUAUGAACAUUUGCAUAUGAAUGUUGAUGUUACCCAGUGUUUGAGCUUUUAAAAUUCUAGCUUAUUGCUGAAAGGCUCAGCAACAUCAGAAGCCAGGCUAAUCAGGGCUAAGAAGCUUAACAAAUACCCCUGAAUCUAAAAGCAGAUUCUGGCCCUCGCCUAAGAACAUGAAUGUCUUAGCAGUGUUAAAGUGAAAGUUCUUGAAAAAUAAGUCAUGUCACUGGUAUACUUUUAUCUCAGACUUUCAUUAUACUGGCUAACAAUGCUACAUCAUUCCAUGAUUAGAAAUGACCUGUGGAUAUUUGUAUAGAAGUGUGAAAUAAAUUUUUUUUAAUUAAA